AUGGCCGAAAUGGCUAUAGAGGGUGACCACGCUUGCGGAAGACAAAGGCAACUUGGCCCAGAACCCAGUGACUUCCCUAAGAAACCAACCUUGAGGAGAGGAGACGAUAAAGAGACACACAGAAAGAACGAACGUGCUCGCAGAGAAUGGAGAGACGAUGUCGACAUAUUCAAAUACCAUAAGAAUGAGUGGGACAAGAAGCAUAAAGCAAUCGGCGAACUGAACCAGUAUAUUACUACGAAUCUUGAGCAGACCCUCCAGGAUCUAGUUCUAUCUCAGAAAGGUCUGUAUAUAAAGCUUGUCUUUCUCCAGAAACACUUUGGAAAAUCGACGUCGAAGUACACCAAUAUUCUUGAACAAUAG